AAAAAAUUUGAAAAUUUUGGCAGAAAUAGUAAACAUUAUUAUUAAUUGAUAAUUAAUUUCUGGCAUUAUUUAUUCAUUUUCAAUACUUAAAUGAGCGCAAAAAAAAAUUGCUAACUUAAUUGUUGUAUGGAAUGCACUCCAACUUUAUUGAAUUUACACGAAUAAAAUUUAAAGCUUCAAUAAAAGUAUUAAUAAAUGAAAUUAGAAUUAAUCUAAGCAAAUUUGAAUAAAUAAGAAACUUCGUCGAGCACUCAAAUAUUUACAACAAUAAAAAAAGAUAAGAACAAAUGGGCAAGACCUUGCUUCAAUAAACAUUAAAUGGGAGUAACUUAAAAUGAAAGUAGAAGUUGCAACUCAACAAAAGAUUCUUCGCUUUAUAAUUAAGUAUCAAUAUUAAAUAAAUAGUUUGCUGCUUAUGGCUUUUGCUAUUAAAAAAGCCUAUCUAUUGAAGGGAAAAAAGAUACCUCUAAGAUUUACAUGAAUGAAAAAUUCGAUUAAAAUCUUGAAGAUUAAAAUAAAAAUAAUAAUAAUUUUUAAUUAUAAAAUGACUCUCAUUAAUAUUGCCUUACAAAGAGUAAUAAAAAAAUAUUUUUAGAUUAAAAAAACGAAUUUAAUAAUGUUUCUGCUAUUGAUUUUGAUAUUUUAAAAUAAGAAAUGAGUUAAAUUAAUUCUGACUCAAAUUAGCAUGAAUGCAUGUAAUCUCGUUCAGGUUAAAAAUAGAGUUAAAAUAAAAAUUCAUCAUGGGAAGCAUUUUUUGGCCUUAAAAACACUAAAAAAAGCACUCCUCCUUAAGUUAAAUAGACCUACCGCUCAAUUAGUUUAAUAUAAAAAUCAGGGAAAUCUGUAGAUGAUUGCUUUGAAAAUUACAAAGCAAUGUCAGAUAAAGAAGCAAAUUAUGUUUAACUUUAAAAUCUUUAAAACAUAAAUGAAAAUGUAAAUAAAAAUUAAGUUAACACAGCAGCCAAUAAAUUUUAAUUAGAUAAUAUCUUACAUUAAAAUUAGCUAUAGCAAAAUGGGUAUAAUGAUUUAAAUUAAUCAUAACAUUUUUAAGGUUAAAUAAGAAUGAAUUUGUUAGAUGAAUAAAAACUAAAAAAUAAAAAAUAAGGCUAAUAAAGAUCCUAAACCCCAAGAAUAAAUUAAACAAAUUUUAUGAUAGAUUAAGAUUUAAAUUGGCAAAAACAAUAAGUUAAUAUAUCAUAAAUAAAUUACACACAAAACUCUUAAGAUUUAUCUUACAGAUAACCUUUAAGCAAUAAUAACAGAAUCAAAUCGUUUAUUGAAGAAGAAAAUUAAUCUACUAAAAGUCCAUACACUCCUUAAUAAAUUAAGCUAAAUAAAUCUAUAAGAAAUAAUGAAAAGUGUUACAAUUAAUACAGUCAGUCUCCAGUAGCUUUAGCUGAUUUAACAAAUGAAAAUAGGCUAAAUGUAACUUAGAGAAGUUCUUUACAUCCUUUUCCAAUACAUACAACUCCUAUAUUAAAUAAUCUUAUAUCGAGCAAUAAAAAAUAAUACUAUUUUGAUAACUCUGUAGAAACUUAAACAUAGAGAAAUUUUUAAUUUUAAGAACUUGAAAAUAUAAACCCGAAUUAUUAAAAUGUAAGCCCUUUCUUAACUAAAAAUGAAGAAAAAUAGAACCAAAUAAAAAUGCCUUCAAAUAAAUCUGGACAAAUAUAUAAAAAUCAGGAAUUUAGAGGGGAAACAAGUAGCAAUGGAUAUGCAUUCUCAUAAAAGUUGUAGCAGUCAAGGAAUAGUAGCCUUUAAACUCAAGAAUUUAGAGAAUGCAAAUAAAUAUUAUUCAAUAAAUAUAAUUUACAAGACAUUCAAUAAAUUAAUAAUGAUUCCUAUCUUCUUCAAUCUGAUAAAAACAAUGACUAAACUGGAUUUUUCAAUGAAGAGAUAUUCAAAAAUAUUGGUCAAUAAAGCGAAGCAAGGAGUGAAGUUAUAUCUCAAAAUAAACUUUCAGAUUAGUAAGCAUUUUCAGUUUUAUCAAAUUGCAAGUCAAUAAAUUCUUCUUAAAUUUCCUCUAAUUCUUCAUCUAGUCACACAAUUUGGUAUAAAAUGGUAUCAAGAGUGGGAGAAAGAUAUCUGUCUACAUUUGAUGGAUAAACAGAAUUUAUUAUAGGGAGAUAAAUGACUAAAAAAUUUUAACAAUUAGAAGAUGGAAAGGUAAGAGGUGGCAUAACUUUACACAAAAACUUAUAAAAUGCUUUUAAUACUAAAUUUCCAUUAAAUAGCAUACUUAUUUAGUACCCUAAAGCUAUUCUAAAGUUUUCAACAAAUGGCUAAAGGAUAAAAAUUAAAGAAGAUUGUUACGUUUUCUAAUAAGUUACUCCUAUUGAAGCAAUCAACUUAGCUAAUGAAUGA